AUGAACUCAUAAUAGAAUAAAGAAUUUGUGAGCUUAUUGGAAAAUGGUUUGGAAGGAUAUUUUGUGGAAUCAUAAAUACUUGAUAACUAAGUUAAAUUAAGUAAAAUUGGAAUACAAAAUUUUAGAACAAAGAAAUGUCAUAGUGCAAUUUUUGACAAGAAUGGAUCAAAUAUAAUUUAUACAUGUUCACAAAUAAUAUUAAUUGCUAAAUUAUAGAAUUUAUAAUUUAUCUAAUAAUUAGAAGGCCAUAAAGCACAGAUAAAUUAGUUGUUACUUAGUUAAGAUGAUAAUGUAUUGAUAUCAUGCUCAAAUGAUAAAACUAUUAUACUUUGGAGAUAUAAUGAAGUUCUGUAAAAAUGGUAUUAUUUAAAUACCUUUGAAAAACACACAGAUUCCAUAUCAAGCAUGAUUUUAAAUAAAAAUGAAACUCAAUUAUUGACAGCAAGUGCAGAUAAUUCUAUAAUAGUCUGGAGUGUAAAUCUAAAAACAAAUCAAAUUGAUUAUUAAUAUACAUUACAGCAUCAUAAACAUGAGGUAAAUUUUUUAAGCCUUAAUCCAUCUGAAAAUUAUUUGAUUUCAUAUUCAAAAGAUAAAACUAUAGCAUUUUGGUCUCUAAAUAAAGGUAAUAAUUGGCAAUUUAGAUAUGUUAUUACACAAUUUAACUUUGAUUUUGGAGCUAAACUAAAAUUUUUGAGUGAUCAAAUGUUCAUAUUUGUAACUAACUAAAAUCAUGAAGAUAGCAUUUGUUUCUAUGAAUUAAAUAAAGAAAAAUUUGAAGAGAAUAUUAAUAAAAGAUUUUGUUUGCAAAAAUGCAAAGGCUAAGUAAAUAAAUCCAUGGAUCCAAUAAUAUUAAAUUAAAACAAAAAUCUAAUAAUAAUAUCAUUUAAUCGUUAAACAUAUGUUCUGAGAAGAAAAUUAAAUGGAGAUUUGAAUAUAAUUUUCUAAGAAAGUUCCAAAAAAAAGAGAAUAUUUUCUGCUCUAUCAAACGAUGCUGAUUAUAUGAUAAUAAAUACAAAGAAUGGACACUACUGCAUAUUUCAAUUAGAAUAUUAUUGA